GUUGAAUGUACUGUGCUCAGAAAGUUAAACGCCUCAUAAACUUAGGCGGAAGUUACGUCACACGCCUUUUAGUGUCCCGGAUGCGGAAGUCAUGUUGUUAUGGUAACUGCUAGUGUACAUGGAGAGCGCAAGCGUUCGCGAUCGAAUGUUAUGAUUGAAAUAUAUUAACAUAUUUUUGUACAGCUUUAGUAUGGAAGGGAGCAACGCGGUGGGAAACACGUACGUCAUCAGGCCAAACUAUCAGCACAAGUUCAAAGCCGCCGUGGUGAAGGAGUGUAUCCGCAACGUCCUGCAGGGGGCGCUGUCUGGCCGGCAAUACGAGCCGCAGGAGGUCCCGUUUCUGAGCCGCUCGCUCGCGGACUCCAUCAAAGAGAAGGUCAAGGAAACAGGCUUGGACCGAUACAAGCUGGUGGUACAAGUGGUGAUUGGAGAGCAACGAGGGGAAGGUGUGAAGAUGGCUGCACGCUGCUUCUGGGAUGCAGACACGGACAGCUACGCCCAAGACGUCUACAUGAACGACAGUCUAUUUUGUGUGGCCGCUGCAUUCGGCUGCUACUACUACUGAGGAGGGAUCGACUGGCGUCUCGAAGAACAGACCGUCCUGCCGCAGAAGAUGGACAGCAAGACACGGUGGAACAAAAAUGAUCUACAUCAAAAUCCUUUCACCGAUGUGAUAGUUCGGUCACACUGUUGUGUGUGUAUAUACAUAUGCUUGCUGGAAACUAGUUUUGUUCACAACAUAUUGGAUUAAGUAGUUUUGUUUAUUUAUACCCAGUAUCAGCUCAGUGAAUAAAUGAUUUUAUUGAACUUUACCUGGAGGUGGGAUUCAAACCCAUGACCUCUGCAGCUAGAGUCAGCUGCUUUAACCAGUUAUAAGCUAUUCCUUUGUUAGUUAUGUUAGUUUUGUUCAUGACACAUUCAGUUCCACGGGCUAAUGAGGUCUAAUGAGGUCAGUUCUCGUAAGAUUCCCUGACAAAGUAAAAUUUCAUUUUGCCAGGCAGAUGAGUACAGUUUUGAAAAUGUUGCACAACAGUUAUGCUUCAUAACCCUUUGCUUAAUAAACCAACUUUUGAAUUUUCCAAAAAGAACAUCUGAAAACUCUUGAGUGUGAGGGAUUCUGUGAAACUAAUUCUGGUUUUACCUCCGUAAAGAAUGCAGAGGCCUGCGUGUGAUGUUGUUCAUGUCAAUAUGAUCUUAAUCUUGCAUGGUGUAACCAGUCCAAAAAUUACAGUCUUCAUUCCUAUAGCCAGUUAGUAAAGUUUAUGGGGAAUUAAUCGGGUCAGUUUUAGUUUAUUUCUUUGCUCACAGUGUGUUUUCUGGAC